AGACAGGAAAGUUGGCAAAAAUACCAGUUAUGAUAGGUCAAUCUAAAAUUUCAGCAUUUUUUAAGACUGGACCAACACCCAAUAAGCGUUCAACAGAAAUGACACAGGACGAACAGAAUAUUACACCAUCUAAGAAGACCAAAACAGAGAAGCAAGAAUUGACUCCAGAAACAAAGUCAAGUGCAGAUGGUACAUCCACAGCUUUGUCACCAGAACAGAAGGCCCGAAUGGAACAGAAUAGAAUAAAAGCCAUAGCAAAGCUUCAUUCUAAAACUGCCAACUCUAAAGGUCUUGUCGUCAACUUUGGGGAGACCUGGAAAAAUGCAUUGGAGAAAGAAUUUUCAAAGAAUUAUUUCCUAGAGCUGACAAAGUUUGUGGAGGCAGAGAGAGCUAAACACACAAUAUAUCCACCUGCUAACCAAGUGUUCUCCUGGACACAGUAUUGCACAUUGGACUCAGUGAAGGUUGUGAUAUUGGGACAGGAUCCAUACCAUGGACCAAAACAAGCUCAUGGUCUGUGUUUCAGUGUACAGAAAGGAGUGAAACCACCACCAAGCUUAGAGAACAUGUAUAAGGAGCUAAUAUCUGAUAUAGAGGGAUUCCAGCACCCUGGUCAUGGUACACUGAUAGGCUGGGCUGAACAAGGUGUGCUUCUACUGAAUUCCUGUCUGACGGUGCGUGAACACCAGGCCAACUCUCACAAAGAUAAAGGCUGGGAGAAAUUCACUGAUGCUGUCAUAUCAUGGCUCAACAAAAGUCAAACAGAGCUGGUGUUUAUUUUGUGGGGGUCAUAUGCACAGAAAAAGGGAGCUUGUAUAGACCAGAAAAAGCACUGUGUUCUGAAGGGUGUCCACCCAUCACCUCUUUCUGCUCACCGAGGCUUCAUGGGCUGCAAACACUUUUCCAAAUGUAACACAUACCUGAAGGGUAAAGGCAAGACUCCUAUUGACUGGACACAGCUGCCCCCACAGGACUAGCCAUGCUUAUUCCAGAAGAAGCCAUGGCAAGAUGCUACCAACCAGGGAAAUUUUUCCAUAAGGAAGUAUAAUAGGAUACUGACAUUAUUGUAUCUUUCUGAACAGUUCCUGAAAACCAAAGAAGUUGUUAUAAACAUCAGAAAUAUUUCAAAGCUGAUGUUUGCUCGCAUUCUUGCAACAAGGAGUUGCUUUUGUUUACAAGUUUUUUAGUUUGAUUUCACAUUGAGUGCAAAAUGUGAUAAAUUUUUCUGUUUCAUGUAUGAGAAUUAUUCUUUUUACAUCAAAUUUUAGUCAGACAUACAAACACAUGUAUACUCCUGGGUGUGUUAACUGGGUUCAGAUCCUGCAUUUCAGAAGUGUUUACAUGCAGUAGAAUGAUACACUACGCAAUCCUACUUUCCAGAUAUCAGAAAUAGGGCACUACCACCGUACUUCACUACUGAGUCAGUAUUUCUACCAUAAAACCUGGUUAUACUACCACCGUACUUCACUACUGAGUCAGUAUUUCUACCAUAAAACCUGGUUAUACUACCACCGUACUUCACUACUGAGUCUGUAUUUCUACCAUAAAACCUGGUUAUACUACCACCGUACUUCACUACUAAGUCAGUAUUUCUACCAUAAAACCUGGUUAUACUACCACCGUACUUCACUACUGAGUCAGUAUUUCUACCAUAAAACCUGGUUUUACUACCACCGUACUUCACUACUAAGUCUGUCUUUUUACAGUAAAACCUGGUUAUACUACUACCGUACUUGACUACCAAGUCAGUAUUUCUUCAGUUAAUGAACCAUAUUUUACUUCUACAUUCUUUUUUUGGAGAGAUAACUUUGCUUAAUAUGACUCGUCUGUGAUUACCAGUUGUGUUGUGAUGAGUUGACGUGACUUCUAGAUAACAAUCUUUAUCUAAGGUUUAUGAUAUGAUCUCUUGGUAUUAAUUAUGAUGAAUAUUGAUAAUGAUACAGCAAUGUAUUUAAAAUGCUUUGAUAUUUCCUGGCAUUUGAUUCUUGAUCAGUUAACUGCAGACACUUUUACAAGAAAACAGAAUUGUAUCAUUAUAUGGCCACUGAAAGAUUGUACUGUGUCACAUCCACUUGUGAAAGUAUAGUGCAACUGAUGACUUGUUUUUAAGGACUGCAGUGUCAGGAAUAAUUGUUUGUGGUAUGUUGUAUUCUACACCUAUAUUCUCAAAUGAUAUGAUUGGUGGUCAAAUAAUUGUGCUAUUAAACCAGUAAUACAGUAAA